AUGACAGACGCGCCAGAGAAAUUCAUCGUGGUACCAGAAUGCAGUGCAUCUAACGAUUCAGCAAACCCAGCUAACGUAGACAAGGAACCAGCUGCAUGUAAAGCGAAUGCUGAUAAGGAGGAUGUUCCUGGUGAAGAUGCCGUCAUUAGUUUAAAGAGCUCAGAGGAGGUAUUUCUUCGUUGAAA